GUUUUGUUUUGGGUUUUUUUUAUAACAGAAAGUAUGGAGAGUUUUAAUUUUCGUAUAUAAAAUUUUCAGGUAAAAAUUAAAAAGAUGGCAAGUGCAAUCAAAGCAGCAAAGGAAGAGUUAAUUUGUCACAUUUGUAAAAACAAUCUGAAUGAUCCAAAGACAUUGUUGUGUCUGCAUUCGUUUUGCAAAAACUGUAUCCAAGGAUUUAUCGUUGAAAAUGUCAGAAACAUCAAGAAGCCAAAAGGUUUCGAAUGUCCAACAUGCAGACGAGAAACAAGUGUCACGAAAUUCAUUGGGAAGUCACCCGUUGAUUGGGCAGACGAGCUUCAUACCAAUGAGUCUUUGGUCAAUAUUUUGAAACUUUUAACACUAAGCGAUGACCAAACAUCGAAACAGUGUCCUUUCCAUAUGAGUAAAGAAGUUGAAUUCUUCUGCGAACAACAUCUCACGUUGGCAUGUUCCCUCUGUGCAAACAUUACUCACAAAUCGUGUGAGUCGGUGCUUCCGCUUUCAGAAGCAAUAAGCAAACGCCGCAUGAGCAGUAGCAAGAUAAUAUCCGGUCUUUCGGAGCAAAUUACCAUGACUGAAAAGGUAAUGAACAAUAGGCACGUUCAGCUUGAAACAAUAGAAAAGACAGAAAUGGACAUUAAAAACCAAUUGGGCGAUAUGAGACAAAGGUUUAUGGAUUUUUUUGGUCAAAUGGAGGGAAGAAUUUUAGACAAAAUUGCACAAGCGAGAAUGAAAGAAGGUGGAGUACUCCAAACGGAGAUUGACAUAUGUCACGGACUGCUUAAUGAAAUCGAAGAUUCUAUGAAAACUGUGCAAGAAGCUUUAGAAUUUGCGGAUGAAAUUAAAUUUCUUAUUCAGUAUAAUGACCAUCUUAAGCGUUACAGUGAACGACAACAACGGUUAAAGGCAAUGGCUGAAAGUCUUAGGGAUAUCAGAAUAUCCUUUCAAGCUAACCGUGAGGUGGAACACUAUCUAUUUCAGAUCAAAAGCGUUGGUACACUUAACAUAGACAGAACACGUAGUAAAAUAGCUGGACUUGGACAAACCCACCAUGAAUUGCUUGGCACUAGUAAUCAAGACUUUAUGUAUGACUUUAUAAAUGUACCGAAGACAGCGAGAUCAACUGUUGACAUUGCUUUUGUCAGGCCAAAUACACAUCGACCGACUACAUACAACCCGAGUUCAACGUCACUUCCGUCAAUAAGAUCGAUCAGCGAGAAAGGAGAUAUGACGUCACGAACAUCUCGCAUGUCCUACGUUGAAAUCAAAUCUCAGCGAGAUCCACCUCAGGUUGAUUAUGAAACAGAGCAACCAGGCGUCAGUAUAGCAUACAAAAGCUCAAAGACUGUCAAAGCAACUUUAAAGACUGAACUUGAUGUCGCGGUUGCCUUUCAGAAAGAGUGCUCUAUUGAAGGUGCAGCUUUUCUGAAAUCAGGUUACAUCGUACUGUCAGAUUCUGCAAACAGUUCACUGAAGCUUCUCAAUUCUAAAUAUCAGUUCCUGACAAUGACCAAAUUUUCUUCUAACCCUGGCGAUAUAACGACUGUAGGUGAAUUCGACGUUGUUGUGUGUCUUCCCGACACAAUGCGUCUAAAGCAUCAGAAAAUUGAAAACGAGCGUAUAUAUUCUGGAGAGGUUUUGUCGGUUAGCGAUAAAUGUUACUCCGUUUCCUUUAACAAAGGAACACUUGCCACCUGUUCAAGCAAAAGCAUUUACGUUUUCCAGCGUGACCAUAACGCAUGGCUCAAAACUACGACGAUUCCAGUACGUUCCGAAAGUCUGAUGUACAUUGCCGUGGAUCCUUCGGGAGAGAAAAUCGUCGUGACUCGAAAUGGACAUCCUAACACGUCAAUUAUCUGCAUGACAAUCCGUGGAACUAAAAUUUGGAAUUUCUCUCACGAGAGCGUCAAGCUUCCUCGUGGGGUUGUUUUCUAUGGCAAUAAAAUUCUCGUGGCAGCUUGGGAUCAGCAUAAAAUACUUCAGAUCAGCUCUGAUGGUCGUCUAGAAGGGGUCGUCGUGAACCAAGGGAUUCAAUGGCCAUGGAAAAUCAGUCUUAAUCAUCGUGGGGACAAGAUGAUUGUCUCACAGUGCUACUAUAGAUUGCCAACGAAAGAGAAAAACUGCUUGAAAAUAUUUAAGCUUAGCAAACCGGAGCCGAAAGAGAUUGUUACAGACCGAUCAAUAGAAGAAUAAAUAUUGUCCGUAAGAAAAAGGCAAGAUAAGAAAAUUUCACACAAAUAGAAUAGAAUAGUUUUAAAACUUUCAAACUUGAGCACAAUUAGUUACAGAAAUCGUAAAUAUUCAGUCAUAUAUAAGUUAUGCAUUCUAUUAAAUCGGUUUUAGUUUAAAAGAGCCCACCAUCAUGUAGAAAAAAAAAGAUUAAUGCAUAUAUACAUUUUAUCAUCUAUCUUAACUUUUCAAUAUCGA